AUGAACUCUUCGGAGCAGAUGGUAGUGAAAUGUGCGGCUAUCAUCGGGCUGACUUUCACGACUGAGUUGCUGCUCCACAUCCUUCCCGAAUGGACCCAGAGGAAGAUGAAUCAGACGCUUGCAGCCCUGGUGGAUUCCCACAUCUUCAAGUGUUUUCAUAAAAGAAAGGACUCCCAGAAAGCACAGUCACAGGAAAUGCCCUCCAUAGAGUUACUUGUUUGCCCCGGGACGGUGAGACCAAUUGGACAAGUGUCAGAUAUCCGCUCUUCUGUUUAUAACCAAAUCAAGCAAGAGCAGCUGGUGAUACAAUGCGGCGUCAUGGCGUUUUGCAUGCCAAUGCUGCAGGAAGCGGCCUACGAGUGCUGGCUGAAGAGCCAGAAGAAAGCCUUAUAUCUCAAGUGUGCGAGCUAUCUAGAAGGGCAGGCUCACAAAUGCAGAUGCUGCGGAGAAGGGGACUUCAUUUCAUUUCACCGCCACGCCGUGGAAAUGAUGCUGGAGAGCAUCGAGUCUCAGGAAAACAUUUCUGAGCAGCACCAGGAAUACCCAUUCAGCGAAGCAGCCUCACUGAUCGUUUGCACAACCCUGAAAAGGCUUAAGGGUCCUUCAUUUGAAGGUAAAUGGAAGCCCUU